AUGGGAUCCGCAAUGCCCCUCGAGGGCCACAGUUUGGCCAUCUUCGUUGUAUGCAUUGUGAUGAUGUCAAUCUCCACCCUAACGGUUUUAUUGCGAUGUUUUGUGCGAGUCAAUAUUCUCCACGCCUUUGGGUGGGAUGAUAUCUUAAUGGUUGCUGCAUUGGCAUUGUUUAUAUGUUUGAAUGCUUUCCUCAUAAUAGGAUCGAUGCAUGGGAUCGGACACAGGUUCGAUGAAUUUCCGAAUAUGGAGAUCUACCAGAAAGCCCUUCUGUGGUGGUGGCUGGCCCAAAUACUCUACAUAUGGUCAUCCACAAUUGCCAAAAUAUCAAUUGCCCUCGCGCUCCUCCGACUAGCCGUGAAUAAGUAUCACCGAGUGAUACUCUGGAGCAUUACCGCGACUGUCAUUGUUGUUGGAGCCAUGCUAUGGCUUGUAGUUAUCUUGAUCUGCAACCCCGUUUCCUAUUUCUGGACACGUGUGGACGGAACCAGCACCGGAACUUGUAUAUCCAUGGGCAUAGUUGUGAAAAUUCUAUAUUUUUACAGUGCAGUGACUAUAGUGUGCGAUCUAGGACUUGGUACACUACCGGCCUUGCUGGUCUGGCAAUUGCAAAUGAAUACCCGGACGAAGUUUGCAGUCGGAGGAAUCCUUGGCCUGGGGGCAUGCAAGUGUGGCAGUAGCCUGUCGGUUCCCAUACCUACAUUUCUAUACUCCACCUACCAAAUCGCCAUCUGGUCUGUGAUCGAGACUGGUCUCGGAAUCACGGCAGGUAGUCUCAUUACCCUUCGGCCCCUGUUCCGCUGGCUUCUAGACGAAGUUUCGGAUUACAGACGUAAUACGCCAGGCAGCGAAGGGAAAUAUCGCAAGUCAUACCCAUUGUACAGCUUGCAAAGUGAGGCCAUGGGAGGAUCGAGAACCACGAAAUACUGGCGUCCUGAUAUUGAUCCCAACGAAAACACCAGCACAGUCAUUACAGCUUCUCCGCCUCGGAAAAAAGAGCUCAGGACGACCAGUAGCCAGGAAGCUUUGAACCCUGAGCUAAGUCCGAGACCUUCGCCAAAUCAUGUUAAAAUAGAACAGACCUUUGUACGAACAGUGAUGGAGCGUCAGCAAUGA